GAAAGUCUACGGUGGGAAGUUGGUCAAACGUUGACCUUAUUCAAUAUUUAUAUUUAUUGGGCUACAAUAUUAUUAUAAAAAGUAUCCUCUAAAAUAUCGUAUCUAUUUAUCAGUUUGCUUGUAGUGAUUUUUUUAUAAAUAAGUGUAUUUUCACUUUUCUGCAAUUCGUUUGAUGAAUACGUCACAACGCCAUGUUGUAUUCCUGCGCUGAUUGCAGGCACGAGAAAUCUGCCAACCCGUUUAUUUUUCGGGAUUAGUUCCCGAGAGUAAAUUAAAUUGCGAUUUUGUACUCAAAUAUAAUAAAAUUUAUAUUUGUUGGCAAAUGUCAAACAACUUUAGUGAAAUCGAUGAAUCCCUGUUGUCGCAUUUCAAGUGUUAACUCCUAAUUUCAACUGCAGUUUUGUGCAUCCGCGAAAGUUGAAAGGACUGUGUUGUAAAAGAAAGAAGUGAUAAUUUGCCAAAAUUCCGGUCCCUACGCGCAGACGAGAAGGUGCCUACCCGCCGGGGCAGCCGGGCGAAGGAGAUAUGAACAACAAACGUAAAAAUCGCCAAGGGCCGCCGAGGUCGCCACGGGGACGCAUGCUACCUGAAGGCGUGUACAGCAAUGCACACUUCAUGCAUGCCGUGACCGCGCACGUCGGUGACAACGUCCAGGUGCUCACGCAAUCCGGCAGCUUGUGGGAGGGAGUCUUUAAGACGUUCAGUGCUCAAUUUGAGGUUGUACUAGAAGUGGCCCACCGCGUGGACGCGGAGGGCGUAGUGGCCGUGGACUCGGUCGUCGAGAAGUUGAUCUUCAAGCCACAGGAUGUGGUCUCCAUCCGAGCUAAGGACUCGGACCUCGAGUACGCGACACACGAUGUAUUUCAAACAGAUAGCGCGAUAUCUAGCAAGUUUAAUGGCACCUUCCGUGUAGCCGAGGAGCGUCAGCUUGAGCCGUGGGACGCUUGCGACGGUGAUGCGAGCGACUCGCCCGCCCUGAACGGCGACGCAAGCCUCGAGGAUCUCGAGCUCGACCACCGCGCCAACGGCUGGGACGCCAACGACAUGUUCCGCAAGAACGAGGAGGUGUACGGCGUACACAGCACGUACGACCACUCGCUGGCGGGAUACACGCUGCCCUUACAGAGGAAGGAUACACAGGAUUACAGAGAUGCCGAAGCGAAAGCUGAAGAAAUAGCUGCCGAAAUAGAGAGCACGCCCACGUACAAAGCUCGCAUCGACGCAGAAAACGGAGAUGAGGAAGAAAGAUAUGCGGCUGUCGUACGGCCCGGUGAAGGAGCACCAGGCAAAUACGUUAUACCUAACAAGAGGAAAAAUAUACAGAGCGGCAAGCUGGUAAAGCCAACGGGCAGCAGCAGCAGCAACAACGGCAGCGGGGGCGGGGGCGGUAGCAGCCCGGGUGGGGGAGGGGGUGGGGGUAAGCCUCGCGACAAGGAGCCCCGUCCGCCGCGACACCACCUCACGCCGCCUGCCGACCCGCGUGCACACAACCAGGUAAGCGGGGAAUUCAUUAAAUGGACAAGUCUGCGGACAUGUUAGCCUGAUCUCGUUACUAAUAGGUCUGUGUUAUGACUGCGACGGUUCUACACUAUCUAGACAUGGCCGCCUUAAACUAAACGACGUCUGGCAGGCGCAAACUUGCCGACAUGCCCGUCUAGUGAAUUCUUUUUCACCCACUUACACACGCACUUGACCACGCCUAUCAAAUUUCGUCAAAAGCCGCUUUCUUUUAGAGCAGUUCAACAGACGCAGAGUCCUGCGACAAACGCGAAUGCCCCAUCGAGUACGGGUACGGGCACUAGCACAGGAGGGGCGGGUACGACUACGGCAGCGGUCCCAGGAGCGGGAGCGGUAGCGGGCGCGGGCAAAAGCUAUGCGGCACAAGCGGGAGGGUAUCACGCGCCGUUCCCACCACACCAUCCGCCACAGGCGACAGCAGGCAAAAUAAAUGGCGAACCUAGGGCGCCCCCACCACAUCGACACCAUCACCAUAAUCCGCCACCGUCGAGUGAGGCGAUGGGACGACCACCGAGACAUCACGCGCCGCCCGAACCAAGAAGACAAGAUGAAGUACAGGAGUUGCGUAAGUUCGGGCAAGAGUUCAAGUUGGUAUCGACUGGUCCGCCCCCGACGCCGGCCUCCGCCCCCGCAGGUGCCGCUCCGCCCCCGCCCGCCUCACAUCAACCACAGACAGUGCCGGUAUCGGCGCCGAGUCCGCCUGAAGUGUCGGCCAAUGCGCCGGCGCCGCAGUCAACAGCUGAAAUCAAACGGGAACCUGUCACACAUAAGCCGCCCGUGAAGCAACAGCAAGAGGAGGUGGUGCAGCAACAGCCGCAGCCGCAGACUGACAGGUCGCCGCUGUCUUCGCCACCGUCGGCCGCGUCGCCUGUGUCUGUCACGCUGAAGAAGUCCACACUCAACCCCAACGCUAAGGAGUUCAACCCCGCUGCCAAACCAUUCACGCCCAGGAGCCCCUCUACACCCAACCCCAGCCGUCCUCACACGCCGGGCACGCCGGUGGGCGUCGGAAUGGGUGUGGGCGGGGUAGGGCUAGGCGGCGUGGGCGUGGUGGGCGCCGGCGUCAGCUACGUGCCCGCGCCCCAUCCUCCCCCGCCACAUCACAUGGUUGCCGCUGUACCGGCGUACGCGAUGGUCGCAGCGGCAGCGGCGGCUGCUCAACAACCGCCCGCAUAUAUACCGCAUCCACAUCCGAUGGAGUUGAGCUGCGAGUGUCGACAAUACGGACCGCCUGUGUUCCUGGUACCCGACAAGCGGGAACGUCCAGACGCGGUGAGAGAGAGCGGGAAUGGGCGGGAAUAA